AUGUCUGCCACCCCGCCUCAAGCGGACACACAUUCCGUCUUUCUCCAGGGGUACCUUUCAAGCCCUGAGCACUUCUACGAAAUAGUCUUACACGGCAUUGAUCCGCGACAAUACAAACGGAUCCGUAGACGAUUCCAAGCACGACUUCUAUUUAAACAAGCAGCCUUUAGCGGAUAUAUAACGGAUGCCGAUCCUACUACGAACCCUAUGCAUGGGCAAAUAGGACUCUACGUCUCAGGGUUGACCACCCUAGAAGUCCAAAAAAUCGACGAUAUUUCACGGCACGUGUUCAUGUCGCCUUGUUUCCAAGUGCAGGGCAACGUAUCAUUGAUGUGCAAUCAUGGCACAGUCUACAUGAGAGAGGUCACUCUUUGGAUUGGUGUCCUGAGAAAUCCAGUGGCCCAACCCUUGAACGAUUCUCAAAAUCAACAAUUUGCCGGUAACGGAAGUGGAUCCGGCAAUGAGAAUGCGAACAACAUUGCAACCCAAGCAGCCCAGCCCUGGGAUGGAUCUCAAAACCAAGUCGACAACGGGAGUGGAUCUUCAUCGGCUACUGGUUACGGUCAAAAUAACACCAUUGGAAAUAACAGCCAAAACAUGAGCCAAGAUUUCAAUGGCGCUGCUCGGGCUGCUUGA